ACGAAGGUACGAGUAGCGAUGUCGAGAUAUGUGUGAAAUUGGAGAAGGAACAUGUGCUCACUUCGAAGAGUACACAAACAGAUAGCAUCAAUCACAAGUCGAUCAUCAAGCUCAAACAAAGAAGUCGAAGGCGAAAUUGCAGCUUCGGGCACAUUAGAUUGAUCCACGACGACGCCAAAAGUUUGCCAGUGCGGGCAGUCACAGACACAGCGCUUUCCCGACAAGAUUCUCUGCGACAACUGUAUACACAUGUCCUUGUCUAGCACUAUGCUCGAUGGAGGGACUUGUUAAAUCCAUCGGGGGAGGGUUCAAGCGAACCAUCAGCACACUUAUCGGCAACGACUCGAACACCAAGGGCGAUGCUCAUGAAAGCGAAGACACCAACACACAUUCGACACAUCAACUUUCGCCAACGAGCCCAGACAGCCAGCCCCGAUACAAACGUGCACGCACGCAAUACGAUACCGAUCCAAGACGAAUCGCGUCCCCGAGACACCCAGAGGAACGCCCACGAGCCAGACAAGCGCACAACCAACCCAGUCCUCACCAAGAACCUGUCGCAUCACCGAUAGAUCGCCCAGAAGGAGAGCCCAGAGCCGGACAACCAAGUGCUAGCCAAAGAAGAGGCCUUUCGCCAACAGAGUAGGCCGUCCCGGGUCCCCGUCGAGCCACGUUAUCUUAUCAUAUCCCAGGCACUUGGAACAACGGCGUCGAACUGCACAGUCACGCACACGAUUGACUGCUGGAGAGAGCUUUCAGAGCAGCCAGCGAGCCACAAACCAAGGCAGGAAGCCAAGUGCCGAUGAAAUCAGACUGUUUCCAGGAACAUAUCCGUACGCGACUCCGACUGUUACCCGAGAGCCGCGACGACUGACACCCUCCAGCCAAACAGAAGAUUCCAAUCCCAUCCACGUGCCCAAGGAAGAUUGGAUCAGCAUGAACAACACAAG